CGAAAGAUGAAGGUCGCAGGAUUGCGGUGUGGUGGAAGUCAUUGGAAGAUAGUGGCGGUAAGUGAAACUGGGCUUGGCAAUGCUGGCACAUGAGAUAGCGCCGAUGUGGUUUGGAAGCAGGAAGUUAAGUUUGCCAUACGAGGGCUUGGAAGGUUCAGUCAGGCUACAAGAGGGAGGAGUAUCACGAGCGAUGAGUGUGAGUACCCAAAAUUGCGGCAGAACUUGCAUGCAGUCUGGAUAGUAAGUAAUCUGCAGGCAGCGUCAUGGUGGGGUUUCACAACAGGGAAUGCUGCUGUUUGAGAUAGCGCUUACCUGAUUCCACUGGGGUUGUGUUGGGGGGGAUUUGAC